CGCGGGGACAGCAGGGGACAUCGGGAUGCGCCAACCACCCCCUAUGGUCCACGCGGGGCCCCAAAAAGCCGCCGAGAAUCAAAGAUCGUGACGUAAGAACCCCGCGGCGGGGCGGGGGGAGGCAUCUGGGGAGGUGCUCAAGUGUUUCCUCCUCCUCUUCCUCCUCCUUUUCCUCCUCCUCCUCCUGAUGCGCGCAGGAUGCGCGGGGUCUUCCCGGCGCUCUGUCUGGCGCUGUUGGCGGCGGAGCGCGGAGCGAGGCUUUGCACCAUCAUCCAUUACCUUUCCCAAGGGCAGCUGGGCUGGUUUUGUGGGACCAUCACCUGUCUGGUACCUGGCUACGUGGCUCAGCUCCUCAGCGUCCUCUGGUUGAAGGCAGAUGGACACCCACCGGGCUGCAGGGUCCUGGUCCUCCACAUCCUACAGUUUGGCCUCUGGAAACGGUACUGGGAUAUUUUGUGGAUGGAGGUGAAGGCAAACAGCAAUGCAGGUACUGGGGAGAUGCUGAUGCAACAUGCAGAUGUGUGUGUGCUGCGGCUCCUGGAAGCCCUGCUGCAAAGUCUGCCUCACCUCCUGUUGCAGUUGUAUGUUGUCGUGGUCAGUGAGCCAGCCAGCCUCAUCCCUGCUGUCAGCGCUGGGCUGUCCCUGCUGUCCCUCUGCUGGGCUUUGGUUUCCUACAGCCGCUCCUGCUGCCUGCUGAGACCUGGCCACGUGUGUCUGCCGGCUGCAGCCCUGCUCUGCCUGCUGCUCUGGAGGAUGGGGAUGCUGACAAGCAGGGUCCUGGCCCUGCUGCUCUUUGCCAGGCUCUAUUCCUGCUGGGUUCUGGCUGUAGCAGGCACCCACUGGUUGCUGAUGUCCUUCUGGCUGGUGGCCCUGCAGAGUGACAUUGUGGCCCAGCCCUGUCGCUGGAGGCUGUUCAACGUCCUAAUGGGAGCUGUGUACAUCUUCUGCUACAUCAAUGUCCAGCCUGGUCCUUCCAAGCACCGCAUGGCUGUGUUCUACGUGGUAAUGCUGAUGGAGAACACGCUCCUGCUGCUGCUGGCCACUGAGUUCCUGCAGGCAGAGAUGGGGCACAGCCUGCGUGUGAGCGGGGCUGCCAUGGCGGGGGCUGCCCUCGGUGUUGCAGCCAUGGUGCUUUAUUACAGCCUGUUCCAUCCCAAAUCCUCCAAGAUCAGGCAGGGCAUCCUGGAAACCUCCAGCUGUGCUGGUAGCAAUGACCAGGCUGCUGGGAAUAGCUCCUGCAUGGGGCAGAGCUGGGGAACUUCAAUAGAUGGAGAAUCCUUGGCUGCAGAAAGGACCACAAUAACUCCCCAAACUGAGAACAGCCCAUCGCCCCUCCAGCUCAGGGCGAGUUCAGAGGAUGGAUGGACAAAUCACCACCAUUGGCUGCUGGUGAAGCUGGCCUUGAAGACUGGAAAUGUAUCAAAGAUCAACGCAGCUUUUGGGAAUGCUGGUGUGGGAGAGCUUUACAUUGACGGGAGGGAGAUGGGAACACCCCAACAUGGAGCAGAGCCUUCCCUCCCCACAGUGGAAAUUGCUCCUCUGGGCCUUGAGUUGGGUCUAUUAGAGGAGAAGUCAAUGGUGGUGAGGAACGGAGGAGGCAGCAAACAUGAAGUUGGGGCUGGAAGGAACAGAGGAGGGCAAGAGGCUGCUGGUCACCCUGCCACCCCCCCACCCCACUGCUCCUCUGCAUCCCUACCUGAGGGAUCCUCGGUGUAUUUCAGUGCCAGCACAGGCGGCAUCACCUCUCCUGGUUCAGUGAUGGUGACAGCCACCUCCACGGCCCCGCUGCAAGGGGACAGUGAAGCCCACUCUUCCCCAGGAUGUCUGGCAGGAGGAAGGGGAAGAAGAGAAGAUUUCUCCCUUGAGACAGCGAGCAUCAGCCCCAUCCUGGCUUCUCAUACCCACAGGCACCUUCAGAGUGAUGUGUGUAUGGGGACAGAGGGAGCCCCUGUGGGGUGGCAUCACCUGCAGGACACCCAUCCCUGUGGCACGCAGGGAGUUGUCGGCCUGAGGAGCAAGCUGAGGCCACCGCGCUUUACCUCCACCCCUAAAGCUGAUUCCAAAUGUUCCCAGCGAGGACUGAGGGACGUGGGAGAGGGGAAGGAUGUGUCAUGACAAACCGGGUCACCAACCAGCAGCCCAGGCUGCCCAGAGCCACAUCCAGCCUGGCCUCGAAUGACUGCAGGGAUGGGGCAUCCACAGCCUCCUUGGGCAACCAUUAACCUGGCGCACAACCACAGCUUUCACAAGCAGUUUCUCCCCGCUCCUCCGCCACCAGAGGGAGGUGGUGCUCAAUGCUGCCGGAGCUCGCUCCUUCCAGGGGCCGUGACACAUCCCACACCCCACACACUGACCGUGGGACGGGGCUGGGGUUGUGGGGCUGCUAACAGCUGCAACCCCCCAGUGGGAAUGAGUGAGGGAGGAAUGGGGGGCUCUGGGAUGCUGGAGGUGGCUGAUGCUGUGCACAGCGAGUGCCUGGGUGGAUAGCGACGGGACAAGGGGGAAUGGUUUGAAACUGAGACAGGGGAGGUUCAGGUUGGAUCUUAGGAGGAAGUUUUUCCCCCAGAGGGUGGUGACGCACUGG